UCCUUUCUUUACAUUCCUAGUUCCACGUUGCUUCCAAUAUUACGAUUGUAGUUCCAUGUUUCUUCACAUUCACCACUGCCAGAGUUGGAUUCAGAUCUGUUCUUAAAAAGAGAUGAGCCACUAUUGGGCAAACUACAGGAUUCUAGCAUUACGAGUCCUUAGAGGAUAUCUCUUUUUGUGCAUGAGUUCAACAUUUAGCUCCGCAACAGCGAUGCCACAAGGAAAUGAAACUGAUUUUCGAGCUUUACUUGACUUCAAGAGUCGGAUAAUUCAAGAUCCAUUCAAAAUAAUGAGUUUGUGGAACAACUCCAUCCAUCACUGCAAGUGGGUAGGAAUCACCUGCAACAUCUCCAAUGGAAGGGUGGUGCAACUGAGCCUUGGACAACGGAGAUUGGCUGGCACAGUUUCACCUUCUAUAGGAAACCUCACAUUUCUCAGAGAACUCAACCUCAGCUUCAACAGCUUCCAUGGUGAGUUUCCUCCUGAAGUGGGACGUCUACUGGACCUUCAAAAUCUAAGCAUCAGCGGCAAUGACUUUGGAGGGAGUAUUCCAAGUAAUCUAAGUCACUGCAAAGAACUGAGGAUUUUAUUUGCAGGUAAAAACAAUUUCACAGGGAAAAUCCCAACUUGGAUAGGGAAUUUUUCUUCUUUAUCCCGGUUAAUACUUGCAGGAAACAAAUUCCAUGGAGGCAUACCAAAUGAGAUAGGCCAUUUAUCAGGCUUGACAGUUCUCAUACUAUUUGGGAAUUAUCUGUCGGGUACAAUUCCUUCUUCAAUUUACAACAUUUCCUCUAUAUUCUACUUCAGUGUUGCUCAGAACAAUCUGCAAGGUAAGAUACCACCUGAUGUUGGUUUGAGUCUUCCUAACCUUGAAAUAUUUGCUGGGGGAGCCAACAAUUUCACGGGAACUGUUCCUGCAUCAUUAUUAAAUGCUUCAAGGCUACAACUUUUUGACUUUUCUGUCAACGCUCUCACUGGAACACUGCCUAAGAACAUAGGAGUCUUGAACCGUUUAUUUUGGUUCAGCCUUGAAGUCAAUAGCCUAGGAGCAAUUGGGAAAAAUGAUGAUCAUGGCCUAAAUUUUCUUCCUUCCCUGGUUAAUUGCACUGAACUCAAAGUUUUGGGCCUUGCUCAAAAUAUGUUUGGAGGAGAAUUACCAAGCUCAAUUGCUAACUUAUCAAGCAAAUUAGAAAAACUCACUCUAGGUUCCAAUGCAUUAUAUGGAAGCAUCCCUAGUGCAGUUGGCAAACUUACUAAUUUAGGCAUUCUAGGAUUUGAAGGAAACCUUCUAGCUGGUAGCGUCCCUGAUGGAAUAGGUAAGCUCCAAACGUUAGACGGUUUGUAUUUGAAUGGCAACAAAUUUUCAGGAACAAUCCCUUCGUCUCUAGGAAACUUAACUUCGUUAACAAGGCUCUUCAUGGAGGAAAACAACUUUGAAGGAGGUAUACCUUUAAGCCUUGGAAAUUGUCAAAAGCUUCUGGUACUAAGUCUUUAUAACAACAAUCUCAAUGGCACGAUACCAAAAUCAGUGAUCGGCAUUUCUUCACUUUCAGUGUACUUGGACGUCUCUAAUAAUGUUUUGACUGGACCUUUACCAGAUGAAGUGGGAAAUUUACAUAAUCUGGCGCAAUUAGUACUGUCAAACAACAAAUUUUCUGGGGUCAUUCCUUCUUCUAUUGGCAAAUGUGUCAGCUUGGAACGGCUGCACUUGCAGGGCAAUUUGUUCAAAGGAGAGAUUCCUCAGAGUUUGGAGGGAUUGAGAGGUUUAGAAGAUAUAGAUCUUUCACGCAACAAUUUGUCUGGGACGAUUCCUAAAUUCCUAAGCAAGUUUAAAGCCCUCAAGCAUCUCAAUCUAUCUUACAAUGACCUUGAUGGCGAAGUACCAAAGGCAGGGAUCUUUAUAAAUGCAACUUCCACUUCAGUAUACGGAAACAGCAAGCUCUGCGGAGGUAUCCCAGAAUUUAACUUAUCUACUUGCACAGCCAGAAAGGCUUCUUCGUCGGGAAAAUAUCUUGCCCUCAAGGUGUUGAUACCUCUUGCUUGCACCCUAGCACUUGUACUCCUUUUUUCAUGCUUCAUCGCAUAUUUUUUCGUACUAAAAAGAACAAGAAGGAGAUUAGAAGCCAAUGCAAUCACUACAAAGGAUUUUAAUUCAGAAAUUUCUUACUCAGAACUAGCUAGUUGCACCGGUGGGUUCUCCCAAAAUAACUUGAUCGGUUCAGGAAGUUUUGGUUCGGUAUACAAAGGAACUCUUGCAAGUAAUGGAACAUAUGUCGCAGUAAAAGUAUUAAAUCUCCAACAAAGAGGAGCUUCAAGGAGUUUCAUUGAUGAAUGCAUAGCCCUGAGAAGUAUAAGGCAUCGAAACCUCCUCAAGAUCAUAACUGCAACAUCAAGCAUUGACCACCAAGGUAAUGACUUCAAAGCUCUGGUGUUUGAGUUCAUGCCUAAUGGAAAUCUAGACGACUGGAUACAUCCAAGAGAUUAUGUGCAACAGGGGAGCAAGAGAUUAACAUUCAUCCAGAGGCUGAACAUCGCAAUUGAUGUUGCUUUUGCAUUGGAAUAUCUCCACCACUUUUGUCAAACACCUAUCGUGCAUUGCGAUGUAAAGUCAAGCAAUGUACUCCUUGAUGAUGAUUUGGUAGCCCAUGUGGGUGACUUCGGGCUAGCAACCCUUCUAUAUGAAGAAUCAAGCGACUCUUCUUUAGAACACUCAAUAAUAUCAGGCAGCUUAAAGGGUUCAAUUGGGUAUAUUCCUCCAGAGUAUGGUUUGGGUGGGCAACCUUCAACACUGGGAGAUGUAUACAGCUAUGGGAUAUUAUUAUUGGAGAUUUUAACAGGAAAAAGACCCACAAAUGAUGAAUUUGAAGGUGGGAUGGGAAUUCACCAGUAUGUGGCAAGGGCUUUACCCAAUUAUGCAAUGGAGAUAGCUGAUCGUUCGUUACUAUCUGAAAAAGAAGAUGAAGAUGAAGAUAUACGCUUAGAGGAGAGAGCAAUAAGGAAAGGAAGUGGAAGACGGAGGUUAAUAGACGAUUGCUUGAGUUCGUUGAUGCAGGUGGGAGUAUCUUGUUCUGCACAUGUGCCAUCAGAGAGGCUGCAGUCUAUGACUGAGGUUGUUAACAAACUCCAAGCAAUCAAAAAAUUGUACAUCUCCAAAUAAUUAUGCUUUUUGUAAGCCCAUUCGUUUGUUCCAUUUUUUUUUUAAUCAUUGAUUUUAUGAUAUGUUUUUUUCCCCUCAUGUUUACUGUAAAAAUGUAUUAAAAAUUUACACUACUUGCCACCAUAUUACUAUUAACUUGAGGUUAUCUAUAGAGAUAAAAAAUGUAUUGUAGUAUGCAAAAUUUCUGCACCAACAUGUUACUAUGCUUUUGAAUU